CGUGGUCGUGUCAUCAACAGUCGGGGAGGUGAAAGCGGGUGUUGGCGGAUUAUUUCAAAGUGUCGGGCGCUAACGUUACUUUUGCUGUAAUUUUAAAUUAAAUCAUCUUUAGUGAACAAUACAUCGGACUACAAACAACGUGAACUAUUGUUGGUUACGAGCGAACUAACUUUAACUGCAGAGAUGUCGUCGGAGUCUCGGCCCUCCGACCCGCAGGUUUCCAGCAACAAUCACGUCUUGCACUUUGAAUCUCCACCGACCCGGACUCAACUAGCACAAGGAGCUAACGUUACAACGGAGACCCGCGGCGCCUCCCCCCGGCUGAGACUGAACAGCCUGACUCUGGAUGAAUUGAGCGAGGACCUUGACAGGCGCACCAAGGAAACACAGAGGCUUCAGGAAGAGGUGGAAAACGAAACCAAAAUAACCUUGGAGAGGUUUGGCUACUCAUACGGCAUCCACAGCUCACCUGAACGAAACAGCCUCAACCACAGUAACUAUUAUGUUUCGCCGGAGGAUUCCACCACUCCUUCCCCCCACCAGCAGCCAGAGACUCAGCACCUGGUCUGUGAUGUGGAGAGUAUGAACCAAGGGGAUUUCGGCUCUCCUGGAAAGGAGGCAUCGGUAAAUGCAAUAGAUGACUGCGUUCUACUGCUGUCGGACUUGCAGCUUGACACGACAUGUGAUCAACCUGAUCAAGAGACAUUCAGUUUUACCAAAGCCAUCGUGAACCUGCAGGCUGAGUGGCACAAAGUCCAGAAUGAGAAGGACGUCCUGUCCAACCUCAGAGUGAAGGAUUCAAGGACACACGUUGGGCAGAUGGAAAAGAUGCUGUUAAUCUUGGAGGAGCACCAAGACACCAAAAGGACCGAGGAGCAGAAGCUGCAGGAGGCGGAGCUCGAGGACGAGGCGUCGGCAUUUGGCAGGAAAGUAGAGACAUUGGAACAAAAUGUAAAAGAGAUGUACUCACGGUUGUCUCAAGAGGCACAAUGUAGAGUCGGCGCCAUCGCCAGUCCUAACGCCACCACUACUUCAAGACAGCUGUCGCCGGCUGCUAGUUUAACUGAGGACUCUAACAACGAGUCAGAGAAGCUACAGGAGAGACCUUUUCCGCAGUCAAUGCAACAUCUGUGGAGUGAGGAAAGCGGUGGAGAAAAUAGGCAAAAUGAAAGAAUGGAAGACCUGAUUGAAAGUCUUGGCCAGGAGAUGGCGCUGUUGACUGACAAACUGAUCUCAUCAAAGAACAACAGCUUCAGCUUAAGCGUCAAGUUGGAGAAGCUAAAGAAACUUGCAGAGAGACAGACAUUACUGCACCGGUGUCAAGUCAGUGAACUGGAGUCAACUCUCUGCAGCCAUACAGAUAAGGUUUGUUGUCUGGAGCUGCAGCUCAGUCAGGCUCAGUCCCAGCUGCUGGACGCCCAGAGAGAGAGAGAGCGAUCUCUACAACAAGCCGAGGAGCUCCGAUCCCGGCUUGACCAAUUCAAGGCCCUGCUGGAGCAGAGGGCUCAGGAGGGGGAGACAUCCCAGGAACUCCUGGAGGAGAAAAAGAAGGAACUCCAGCUCUGCCGGCAUGAAGCCCAGCACCAUCUUGCCAGGUUGGAAGAGGCUCAAAGCCGAUGCCAGACUCUGCUUGCAGAAGGAGAAACACUGAGGCUUAAGCUGGAUGAACGAGAGAAGAUGAUGGAGAGCAGCUUACAGAUGCACAACAGCACCAUCAACGACCUUCACCAGGAGAACAGCCUUCUCAGAAACCAGCUAAACCAGCACAAGCUGGAGAUUCAGGAGCUCAGGGCCGAGUUGGACCGGCACAAGUCCGACCUGGCUGCUGCGGAGCAGGACAGGCUGCAGCUCCAGACCUCUGAGGCUGAACAAAGACUGCGUGUCCAGGAGGAAACUCUGGAGAACCAGCAGCUCACCAUCCAGAUGGACAUCCAGUGCUUGCAGUUACUCACCCUCACGAAGGAGCACGAGGAGCUGCGGCAGCUCCACAGCUGCAAGAAUGAGGAGCACAAGGGUGCGGUGCUGAAGCUUCAGAGUCAGCUAAGGAACACCCAUGACGAGCUGGACCAGUUCAGAUGCACCCUGAGGACCCUGAAAGGAGCUGACGGACACGGCCUCCAAGUAGCCAUGGACAUGCAGAAGGAGAUCACUGCCAGGAGAGAGCAGGUCGACUCCCUGCAGUGCAAAAUCCAAUAUUUAGAAGAGAAUAAGGACAAGAUGUACCAGGAGAAGCACUACCAGAGCCUGGAGAACCAGCGGCAGCUGCAGGCUCUUACCUUCAUCAGGGAGGAGAAGAGACAACUUGGCAAUGAGCUGGAGGCCCUCCGCUCCAAAGAUAAACAGUUGAGGGAGUGGAUCGGCCAGCUGGAGGCAAUCCUUCACACGAUGACGGAGAGCUUUGCAGACUGUCAAGACUUCUUCCAGCUGAAGGAGCAGGACUUCUUCCGUCUGAAACUCCAACAUGCCCUGGACUUGAAGGAGCUCCAAGGUCAAAAUUUGCACACAGCUCUGAAUGUACCUCCAUCUGACCUGGACUCCCCGUCCCCAUCUGCACUCACCGCCCCACCCGCCUCCCAGCACGCCUCCAACACCCAGAUCACGGAGUGCCGUGCCUGGGAGCUCAGGUCCCUCGUCAGAGAUCUGCGAGGAGUGAUUUCGGAGAACCACAGACCACACACGGAUAACAGGAGGAGGUCUGCACCCGACAGAGUGCACAGAACCGCAUUAAGUACUGACAAAGCAGAAGAAGUAAAAGCUGAUUCCAGAUUGAGAAGAAAAACCUGCGGCAGCGAGCCGCAUUUCCCGAAAGCAGCCGAGCUCAACGGAAAAAUGACCAGCAACAAAUCCUGCUGUGAGAGUUGUGUAAUCUCAAGACCAGCGACUGCAGUGAGGUUCGCUUCCUCCCCACAGCUGCUCGCUCUGGGCCGCAGGUCACCCGUCUACUCCUUGCUGACCUCUGACCCAAACAGCUGACAGUGACGGCGACACUAACUCCCGAGGCCCUUCUCACCAAAAGCUCCUUUUUCCAAUUGUGAAGGCUCCCCAGAGGAAGUUAUCAAUAAAUGAAAUCCCCGCACA